AUGCCGCUGCCGGUGUCUCUGCCCGAGUUCAACGAGCUCGACGAGGACCGCUACGGCCCGGGCUCGGUGCCCAACACACCGCAGGACGACGACUCGUCCUCGGCCUCGUCCGUGUCGUCCACCGGCACCGUGAUUCCCUCGCCGGGCAGGGCGCUGUUUGCCCGGCCGCAGGGCUUCCCCGGCCGCUCGCUCGACCCCAUCCCCUGGACCACCUACUUCGAGCGCGAGCUGUUCCUCCCCGCCGAGGAUGGCUCCAUCACCCACCACGCCUACCUGACCUCUCCCGCCCCAGCCGCCGGCCCGGGCAAGCCGCCGGGCCCGCUCUUCGUCACCCACCACGGCGCCGGCUCGUGCGGCCUCUCCUUCGCCGUGCUCUCGGCCGAGAUCAAAAAGCGUCUGCCGACGGCCGGCAUCCUCUCGCUCGACGCCCGCGGGCACGGCUUGACCGCUACGAGGAGCUCGUCUGCCGAGGGGGGAGCCGAGGACCUCUCCCUCCCCACGCUGGCCGCGGAUCUCCUCGCCGUCAUCACCCGCACGAAAGAAGCCAUGCGCUGGCCCGCCAUGCCGCCCAUCAUCCUGGUAGGGCACUCUCUCGGCGCACGGACUCCAACCCCUUCCCCAGCCCCAGCCCCACCCCGCCCCGCGCUGGACCUCCUGGGCUACGCGGUCCUCGACGUGGUCGAGGGCUCCGCGCUCGACGCGCUGCAGGGCAUGCACGCCUACCUGGCCACGCGGCCCGCCGGCUUCGAGUCGGUGCGCGACGCCGUCGAGUGGCACGUGCGCUCGCGCACCCUGCGCAACGCCGUCAGCGCCCGCGCGAGCGUGCCCGGCCUGCUGACGGCGGGCAAACCGUGGCGGUGGCGGACCGACCUGGCCAAGACGCAGCCCUUCUGGGAGGGCUGGUUCGACGGCCUGAGCAAGAAGUUCCUGGCCGGCAGGGGCGGCAAGAUGCUGCUGCUGGCGGGGACCGACCGGCUGGACACCGAGCUGACCAUCGGUCAGAUGCAGGGCAAGUAUGCCCUACAGGUGUUCCCCGAGGCGGGCCACUUCAUCCACGAGGACCUGCCGGAAAAGACGGCCAUCGCGCUGGUCGACUUCCACCGCCGGAACGACCGCAGCGCGCUGGUGCUGCCGCCCAAGGUGUCGGAUCUGCUGGCGCAGGGCAAGAGGGUUUGAUUUCCAGCCCAAGUCAGACGGCGGGGAAGGUGGAAGUAGUGUAUAUGGAAUAAGCACAAGAGACGGGUGUUGGUUUGUUUCACAAGCAACCCUACUCGGCUAACAUAUAUACACACAGUCAGAGGUUGUUGGGGCGUAAGAGGGAGGGAGUUAUCGUUGUGCGUACACCAGGCGAGAGAUGUUAUCGGCGUAGAUCGCUGUUGUAGAGAGGAAUGAGAUUAUUGUUUCU